AUGACGGAAAUUAAACAACAUUUUACGGUUCGCCUUAUGCAUGCACUCAAGCUUUGCAUGGUUGCGACGGAUAUUCUCCUACUGGAAUCGUGUCCCCAACAGCUUAAGACCAAGCCGCUACAACAACUCAAAGAGGCUAUGGUGAUACUCGAAGAGAGUGGUAAUUCACUCAAACAGUGGCAUGACGUAGCUAUGCUCGAUAUUCCAGGAUUAGAUGAUAGCCAAAAUACUCUCACGAGCUUCCAGCACCCGCCACUGGCGGCAUUCACGAGGGUGAUAAGGAUAAGCUACAGUGCUGCAAGGCUGUGCGCUGGCCAUCAGGAACUCCUUUUACGUAUAAGUAUUUCAGCUACUAUUUCAGCUACUGGAGAUGAGACCUUGUCUGCUUAUUCGGAUCUGUCUGGAGCAGCCCACGGAAUUCAGAGUGCCAUUCUAGACAUCUCGAAUUGCAUCAUCGAGUUUAUGCAGCUGGGUCUUGUGCCUUACCUCUACAUUGGCAUCGCUGCAUUUGCAGCACUGCCGUAUUUGAUGCAAGUACUAGACUUGAAAAUCACCCGUCGAUCCUGUCCCGAAGUCGAGUUGACGGAUCAAUACCAUCGUCUCUGCAUACUCACUAGAGCUGUGAAAGAAUACCAAGCUCGCUACAACGGCCUGGACCAUUUCGGCGGAACUAUACAGUUUAUCAGCACGAAUUUCCAACUCAUCACUCGAUAUUUACCAGAGAAUGUGAGAAUCACUAGUUGGCAGGAUGUUUUGAUGCAUGACCCUUGUUGCUACAUGAGACUUGCAUUGGCUCUUGAACACUGCUCGAGGACAGCAACGAUUCCUACUGUUGAACAAUUAGCUGAGGAUUUAGAAGGAUCUUUGACCAUACCUCCACCUCAAAAUCUUGAUUCGAAGCAGGGUGACAGUCCGGACGACUUCAUGUCGCUGUCGAGCUAG